AUGAUCAGUGUUGUUUUACUUUCCACCUUCUUCUUGGGUUCCGUUCUCUUGAUUUUGAGAACCAUUUAUGCCCAAUUGUUCAACAAGUACGGAGAUGUUCGAAUUAAAAUCAGAAACAAAAGAAUCACCAAGAAGAGUACGGAUCCUCAAUCUUCGACGUCGUCACACCUCUCUAAAGACACAACCGUCACACCAAACAGUACCUCCUCCUCUCCUUUCACUUCUCUCCCAGCUGAGAGCCAAACAGAGACUCCAGCUGCAGUGACCACAGAGAGUCACAAAUUGUCGGAUCUGAUCAGUCAAUCGAAAAAUCUGGCCGACUUUUUCCAAAGAGUUUCCGGUGUUUCAUUACUUGAACAAUGCAAGUAUGGAAGUUGUCAAUACUCUGGUGUUGUCUCAGCCAUUGACACCAUGAAAAUCUUGAAAGAGAGUCAUGUGGAUCCUUUCGAAUUUUUUGGAAUUCAAACCGACUUGCUAAAAGAGCAAUUACAGAAAGAAUCCGAUGUGUUAAAUGUAUUGACCAUUCAAUUAUCGGCUUUGACUGCCAACGAAGGAAAUGUCGAAUUGAACGGUGCUGCGUCAUUAUCGACUGCAUCAUUCAACAAGUUCGAUUCGACAUUUCAUUAUUCCUUUUCUUCUGCUACCACCUCCUCCACAACCACAACGACUUCUUCCUUGUAUUCUCCCUCCAAUAAGAUGUUGAAAUCUCUACGAGCAAGCUCAUCUCCACCAUCGUCACCAAACGCUUCUCCAAACUCAUUGGGCACUGGAUUCGAAUUGGUCUCUGAGAACAAUGCUUUGAAAUUUGCACACAUUCGAACUGUGGAUGAUGUCUUCAAGACCAUGAGAGAAUCUUCAUUUGAUUUAUGGACUGUUUCAAGAUUGGCAUUCCAAUCAGCAUUUAAUAGAGAAUUAGUGAGUUUUAUUGUUCCAAACAAAUCUCAUGUUCCAUCUUCAUGGUUGAAGAAGGAAUUAUUCACUGAUUCUGCGUCAAGUUUGAGAACCGGAAUGGAAUGUUAUAUUUUAGAACAAAUGGGAUUUAUUAAGAACAUGGAUGAUUCAUUGCAAGGAUUCCAAACUUAA